ACAGGGUUCUGCUAACUACCUGGGUUGGAGCAGGAUAUUGCGGGGUUGAUUGCCGCAUGGCCCCCCCUCAUCUGACUUAUUAGUUACAAAAAAAUGUUUCCUGGGCCCCCUAGUUGCACAACCUUUGGUUUAUCCCAUUGCCUGCUGUGUCAGCUGCAUCCCACACUAAUGUAAAUGUCACAGCUAGGUAGCUGGCAGACACACAUCAUAAGGACAACAUAUCUUGAUCCCCCCGCCGUCAGGAUAUGAGCUCGUGACCUCCAUUUGUUGUGAAUAUGAACUAAAAUUAGGCUUGUCUAUGUUAUCUAGUCACAAUCCUUUAGAUGAAGAAUAUAGGUGUCAAGGCACCUAAUAAGAAUGACUAAGAGUUGCAAACAAGCUUUCAAUUUAAAGCUACAGGUCUACCCGGCAAGCAAUGAAAAUCUGGAAAACAGAACUGGGAACUAGGGUCUAAAAAAACACAAUCUGCCUAAUUACUUCAAAGUUAUUUGAAUAGAAUUAUCACACGCUCCCACCCCCACAAAAGAUACUCCAAUUUUAACUCUGAUGUUGUCUUUUAUUCUAAUUCAUGCAUUUGUCUGCCAACCAGUUUUGUACAUUUUUAAAUUACAAAGGAGUUGAAUUCUUGGCUCUCCAAAUCCAUUUGAAUUUGCUAUCUUUGCAAGCUAAUUUUCUAUGUUUGAUAUUUCAAAUUAAAAAUUAUGUUAGGUCAAAAAACCAGAACUUGUAAUAUCAAAGGUUCAAAAGAUCUUGUGAAAUUUUGCUUGAAAUUGUAUGUUUUAAAUGGUAGUUAGUGGCUAUGUAACGGAGAUUGUAGUUCCACUUAACCAGUCACUCUCUUUCCAGCUUGCCUUCCCUGUAUGAUGAAAGGAAGGCAAGUCACAACAAAUUCUCAUCCAAGCCACAUUCUCCUCAUUUUCUUGUCCAAGCAACCUUGCAAUCCUCAUCCUUCGAUAAUUGUAAGCUUUAAAGUUUCCAAUUCUUGAAGAUAAAACUAUUUUUUACAAAUCCGGCAACCUUAGGGCAUAACAUAUGGAUAGACUAAAGUAUUGCAAUGAUUACAUUAUGUACCCAUAAGAAUGAUGUCAAACUUUAUUAAGGUAAAACUUAAAUCUCUUUUGCCUCUGUAAUGGCUAACAGUCAUGAUAUAAAAUAAAUAGCAAAAUAUUUGGCUUACCUCUGCCUAUUAUUUUCCCCAUGGAACCACCCAGAAUGGUGUUCACUAUAAUUAACGAAAAAAGAGAGAAGCUCUAUAAACUUUUUGCUGCAUUAACAUUUUUUUCGAUUUACAAAAUUCAACAUUUCAAUUUUCCCCUAAGGUGGCCCAAUUCUUAAAAAAUAGUUUUAUUUGGGAGGAUGAGACACCCAAAAAAUAAUAUUGGAAGGACAAAGAUUUUGAGGUGGCUCAGAGAAAAAUAGAGGAGAAUGUGGCUUGGACAAAAAAUUGUUGUGGUUGGAAAUCCUCUCCUCCCUGUAUGCAUUAUUGCUAUAGGAUUAUGAAUUUUAUUUGGUUUGGAGAAAUGGUUUCAACAAAGUACCAGGAAAAUAUUCUAAGAUGUGCAAACUUGAACCCAGAUUAUCAGGUUCAGCUCUGGACAGAGAUUAUUACUGAAGAAUUAAAAUCUAACUUGUCUAAUGUUCACUUAAUUGAUCUCAAUAAGGAAAUAUCAGAAUUUCAGACUUAUGAAUGGUUGUUAAAUGAGACAAACAAAGGUUACAAAUCAGACAUUUUACGAUAUGAGAUCAUCUAUAAAAGCGGGGGUGUUUACUUUGAUACGGAUACAAUAUGUGUUGAGCCUUUAAAUGAUUUACUGACGGCAAGCUUUGUAGCUUUUUCCCCAAUUCCUCGGAGUCAUCUCUCCAACGGGGUACUAGGUUUUCCUAAAGGAUCUAAGUUUUUGAAAUAUGUUUUAGAUGCCUUAAAACUGAAUAUAAAAAAGAAUCCUAAAGGGACCUCAAAAACUGGACCACCGUUCUUGACUGGUUGUUUUAAAAAAUAUAAUGAUUCCAACAUUAACAUGAUAUUCUCUCUAGUCAAAAAGACAUCCAAAAAUGUUGUUUACCAGACUCUAGAUGCAUCUUGGAUGGUAAAAAAAAUUGUUCCAUAAUUAUUGUAGCUGUAAUUUUCUGAAACGUUUUGUGCAUGUCUUGAUGCCAACAUUAUUUCUAGAUAAAAGAAAAGAUUGUUAACAAUAACAGAAUAACAGAAAUAAAAAUAAAAAUGAUGUAAAU